ACACAUUUUCCACAUGAAUUUACCGUUAAUAGUGAUUCGGUAGUUAAAGAAAAAAAAAGAUACAUUUCCCUCGUGAAUUUCGAAAACAGUUUCGAAAAAUGCUUGUGCCACCGGAUAUGAUGGCCGCCCAAACCCGGAUGGUCUAUCAAAUGAAUAAAUUCUGCGCCGAACGAGUGCAAACGCGAAUGCUCAAAAUAUGCACCUCCAUUCGGGAGAUAUGCAAAAUCGUUCAGGACAUUCUCAAGGAAGUCGAAGUUCAGGAACCCCGAUUCAUAUCAAGUUUGGUUGAAUGCAAUGGAAGAUUCGAAGGUGUCGAAGUGAUCUCGCCUAACGAAUUCGAAAUCGUCCUCUAUCUCAAUCAGAUGGGUGUCUUUAAUUUCGUCGAUGACGGAACACUUCCCGGAUGUGCUGUAUUAAAACUCAGUGAUGGCCGCAAACGAUCAAUGUCCUUGUGGGUAGAAUUCAUAACAGCUUCCGGAUAUCUAUCAUCACGAAAAAUCCGAUCACGCUUUCAAACUUUAGUCGCUCAAGCCUGCGAUAAGAGUAUCUAUCGUGGCAUGGUCAAAAUGAUUGCGGACACAAGUGAAGUGAAGUUGCGAAUACGCGAUCGAUACAUUGUCCAGAUAACGCCGUCUUUCAAGUGCUCCGGCAUAUGGCCAAGAUCGGCAGCACAUUGGCCAUUGCCAGGGAUCCCUUGGCCCCAUCCAAGUCUUGUAGCUGAAGUGAAGACAGAAGGAUUUGAUUUACUUUCAAAGGAGAGCAUCAUUAUGCAGGGCAAAAAUGCUAGCAUGGAAGGUGAUGCUUGGGUGUUGAGCUUCUUCGAGGCUGAAAAUCGGCUUUUACAAGGUGGAUGUCGCAAAAGAUGUUUAAGUAUUCUGAAGACAUUGCGCGAUCGACAUUUGGAUUUGCCUGGCAAUCCAAUAAAUGCUUAUCAUUUGAAGAAUCUUUUGCUGUACGAGUGCGAAAAACAUCCGCGCGAAUUCGAAUGGGAUGAGUGUUGUGUUGCAGAUCGAAUUAAUGGGAUAUUUUUGCAAUUAAUCUCGUGUUUACAAUAUCGUAGAUGUCCGCAUUACUUUUUACCCAGUUUGGAUAUGUUUAAGGGCAAAUCGCCAAGUUCACUUGAAAAUGCUGCUAAACAGGUGUGGCGAUUGACAAGGGAGAUGUUGACAAAUAUAAAUGCAUUCGAUAAGUUAUAG